CGUGCGCGUCUAACGUAAUCAAAACAAAAAGUGCACAAGGUUUUGUGCAAAUUUCGUCGCGCUCGCGUGAAAAUAGUCGUACUAAAUUCAAGUCAAUUGUAAUUUUUAGUUGAAUAUUUCAGUGCUCAGGUAUGAUAUUCUGUUGACUGCAUUCGCGAACGAAAAUAAAAAUGAUUAAACUGUGCCAGCGCUUCUCGCCGCGAAGCUUGUCGCUGCUGAGCUUGAUUCAGUGUCAAGGCCGCGCCGCAGUGGUGCCUCUGUGGGUCGUUUCGCGUCGCGGCAAGAAAGAUGAUAGUGGUCGAUUAUUCACUCCGGUUCCGAUUCGCCCCAGUCCAGACGACAUCAACGUAGGAGCCGAGUUGACCGGUGGCACGCUUGACAAAGCCGAGAUGCUGAAAGUGAUUUUGAAGUUCAGCAAUCGGAGGGAAAUCAAGUUCCUUUGCUUGGAAAAUGGAAUCGAUUCGAGUCUGCAGCAGCAAGCGUUUACCAGCUUUCGGAAGUAUUGCAUGGAAACGGAUGCACUUCCGGCGGAUUUGCAUGUAGUGCUGAGCGAUAUUUUACAGGGCGCUGGACACGUUGACGACAUUUUUCCGUACUUUCUGCGGCAUGUGAAGCAAAUAUUCCCGCACUUGGAGUGCAUGGAUGACUUGAAAAAAAUCUCGGACCUCCGGCAGCCGGCAAAUUGGUACCCGAGUGCGAGGGGGAUCAACAGGAGGAUUGUAUUCCACUCGGGACCAACAAAUUCCGGCAAGACGUAUCACGCGAUGGAGAGGUUCAUGUCGGCCAAAUCCGGUGUCUACUGUGGGCCAUUGAAGCUGCUGGCCAGUGAGGUCUACAACAAAAGCAACCUGAGAGGAACACCCUGUGAUUUAGUUACUGGAGAGGAGCGAAAAUUUGCGGAUCCGAACGGAAAUCCUUCGAAGCAUGUGGCGUGUACGGUGGAGAUGACAUCGAUUACGACGCCUUAUGAAGUAGCUGUGAUCGACGAAAUUCAACUGCUGAAGGACGUUGGACGAGGAUGGGCCUGGACGCGGGCUCUUCUCGGUCUUAUGGCCGAGGAAAUACACGUGUGUGGUGAACCGGGAACGCUAGCUUUACUGCAGAAAAUCUGCGACACCACCAACGAAGAGCUGGAAGUUCGAAACUACAAACGGUUGACGGCAUUGCACAUAGAAGAUCAAGCGCUGCAGACGCUGGACAAUGUGAGAGCUGGGGAUUGUAUUGUUUGUUUUAGCAAGAAUGAUAUCUACUCGGUGUCGAGGGAAAUUGAAGCCCGCGGACGGGAAGUGGCGGUCAUCUAUGGCGGCUUACCGCCUGGUACGAAACUUGCACAGGCAGCAAAAUUCAACGACCCGGAAAAUAGUUGCAAGGUUUUGGUAGCAACGGAUGCGAUUGGAAUGGGUCUAAACCUUAGCAUUAGAAGAGUUAUUUUCUACUCGAUCAUCAAGCCGAGCGUAAAUCAGAAGGGAGAAAAGGAAAUGGACACUAUUUCCGUAUCACAGGCGCUGCAGAUUGCCGGAAGAGCUGGUCGCUAUGGUAUGAAAUGGGAUGAAGGGUACGUAACGACGUACAAAUCCGAAGAUCUUCCCACGUUGAAGAACAUUCUUGGCCAAACUCCGGACCCAUUGACGCAAGCUGGUCUCCAUCCAACUGCUGAUAUGAUAGAACUUUACGCGUAUCAUCUUCCAAAUGCCACCCUCAGCAAUCUAAUGGAGAUUUUUGUUUCGCUGAGCACCGUUGACGAUUCCCUGUAUUUUAUGUGCAACACGGAAGAUUUCAAGUUCCUAGCCGAAACCAUCCAGCACGUUCCUCUACCGCUUCGAGCUCGGUACAUUUUCUGCUGCGCUCCGAUCAACCGUCAAAUGCCAUUCGUAUGCUCAAUGUUCCUCAAAUACGCCAGGCGAUACAGCAAGAAUGAACCGGUAACCUUUGACUGGCUGUGCAACCAGUGUGGCUGGCCAUUCCAGCUGCCACGCACCAUAAUUGACCUCGUUCACUUAGAAGCAGUCUUUGAUGUGUUGGACCUCUAUCUUUGGUUAAGCUAUCGCUUCCCAGACCUAUUCCCCGAUGAAAAGCUGGUUCGCGAUAUCCAGAAAGAACUGGACGAUAUAAUCCAGCAGGGUGUGUUCCAAAUCACCAAGCUGUUGAAAAAUUCCGAAACGGCCGUUUCGACUAACACCCCCGAUGAGGAUUCCUUCGUGAUGCGGCAGAAAAAGACCAAAUACUACCGGGAGAAUGCGCCACGGGGGAAACUUACUGAGCGGCUGUUGGCACAGGGUUUGCUAACGCCGGCGAUGCUGCAGGAGUUGAAAUCCGAAUGGGAUCAGCAGACGAAAACGUCCAGAGGAGGCAGUGACGACGACGACGAUGAUUCGCCGGGAAAGAAAAGUCGUCGAAAGACGAGAAAGUUUAAGUGAAUCACGCUCAAGUGGGUAGUGAAUUUGGCGCUGAUCUAGAAUAAAAAAUGAUAGCUAGUCCGGACGA